AUGGAUUCUUUAAGAACGGGAAUAGAGUCUAAUUCAGCAUCAUCUAAUCAGCAACAACAACAUGUUAUCCAGUAUAACCAAAGCACUAACAACAAUGUCCUGACCGGCAAUAUAUCUGAAUCUACUCUAGCAAAGCAAAAAUUAAUACAGUAUGUUUCAAAAGAGUUAAAUAACGAUACAGUCAUUAGACUAUCCCAUCUUGAUCUAAAUUUUCUACCUGAAGAAGCUGUCGACCUGAUUAUUAAUAAUCCAACACAGGUGGAUAAAUUGUACAUGCAAAAAAACCUGCUAUCCACUUUACCCUUAAAUUUCAAUAAAUUAAUGCAUCUAAGAUUGCUAGAUUUAAAGGAAAAUAAAUUCACCACCAUUCCAGCCAAAAGUCUGCCCCCAAGUUUAGAGAUUUUGGAUAUUUCGUUUAAUAGAAUUGAUGACCUACCCAAAUAUUUGCACAAAUAUUUACCCAAUUUGAAAUAUUUAAACUUGAAAGAAAAUAAUAUAAAAAAUGUUAAUAUAUUACAACCGUUGAUUUCCUUGGAAAAAUUAAGAAUUUUAGAGUUAGAUGAUGAUAAGGAACAAGAUCUUGAACUUGUUAAAGAAAUGGAGCUUUAUCCCGAAGACACUGUAAAAGCAUUAAAAAAAUAUUUUGAGAAGCAGCAGCAACAACAACAACAACAACAACAGUCCCAAUUAACCAAGGCUUCUAGGAGAAUGGGUAUUGUUUACAAUGAUGAUCCGAAUAGUAGUGAUAGUAGCACACCUAUAUCUAGUCGUUCCAAACAACUUCAGUCAACAGCAAUAAAUACGAAUUCAAAUGAAAAUUUUUUGGAUAACCAUUCUAAAUAUAAUGAUUAUUUUAAAAGACUUUCUGUAUUACCUGAAGAAGUUAAUGAAAAUUACUUAAAUAGUAGUAGUGAGGAUAUUUCUCUAGAUGAAUCGGACGGAUUGAUAAGUUAUAACCAACAAGAAAGUACUAGUGUUACCACAAGUGCCAGUAGUAUGAAAUAUUCAAAAUUACAUAAGUCACCUCAUCAUUUUCAUAAUAAACACCAUAAUCACCUUUCCAAUCAUGUUACUAACCCUUCACCUCUAAACCACCAUGAGCAUUAUUACCAAAAUACUCAUCACAAUGUAAGUGAAAAACAUAUUUCACGAAAUAAUUCGGGGACUGUUGUAGGUACUUCUUCAUUUCCUCAUGUGAUUAAUAAAAAUUCUGAAAAAAAAGAUACCAAUAAUAAUAAUACUGCCAAUGUUGUCACAGGAGUCGCUGGAAAUAGUUCUAACGUAAACACUACUAGUAUUCAACAUAAAUCCAUUUCAUCAUUGUUACCAACAAGUUCAACUUCCACACCAAAUUUAUUGUUGCAUAAUAACCUAGCGAUGGUCAAUAAUAAUAAUGGUACUAGUACUAAUAGUCCACACCAUUCUCACCAUAAUAAUAACGUCUAUCAAUCACAGUCCACACGCCCUGCUAAUGAUGCCUCUUUAAUGCCACAGCUCCAUAAUACUAUCUCAGCAUCCGGUUCUUCCCUUAACACGUUAGCUUCGACAACAAAUUAUAAUAUUAAGCGUAAACCAUACAAGAAAUUAGAUGUUUUCAACACUAUGGUAAACGACGGUAUUUCAGCAGCGGCAGCUACUACUAUCGAUACCACCACCACUAACAGUAGCAAUUCAAGUGUUAAUAUACUCAGUAGUACGCUUCCACCUAAUACUCCCAAUCAUUUAUCCAAAGGCAAUACUGCACCCAGUAACAUUAAUAUUACAAGUAAAAAGCUUCCCAAGUUAACCACUGGAGAAAUUAAGAACAUCAAAUAUGAAAGAUUGGUUUUAGGCUGUAGAAAGCUACUAUUUACCUUUACCGAAUGUCAGCAAACUAUAAGAAGGAUAACCUCAUUUGCUAAGGAUAAAACUGUCGCUAUGAAUGUGGUAUCGUUAUUAUAUGGUGUUCGUUCUCACAUUGAUAAUUUAGUGGAAGUUUUAGAAAUUGCAGAAACGCAUUUUGAUGCGGUUCAUCCAAGCGUUUUAAUUCAGAGUUGUACUGUUAUUAUUCCAAUUUUUAAGCAGAUAUUUCAUUUAUUAUCAAAUAAUUUCAACUCUUUUUUCCAAAGUAAUGAUAUCUGUUUUAUACGGAUGUUCUAUGCAAUUAUUUUGUGUGCUUAUACUGAAAUGUAUAAUGCUUAUAAUUUGGUGUGCACCACAAGUAAAGAACGUCAGCAAAGUUUUUCAAGGAGAUCAGCUGCCAAUAAUGCCAGUGUCAAUAAUAAUAAUAAUUAUCAUACUGGUAUAGUUAAUUCCAGUGCCAAUGACAACAAACACUUGAUGGAAAGACCACAGCGAAAUGUUAGUCAAAGAAAAGCUUCUUUAACUCAAGGAUCCAUGCCCCAACAAUCGCAAUUGCAACAGCAGCAAUUUAUCAAAAGAGGUUUAAGGUCAAGUAGUAUUUCCAGUGUUAUAAAUGCUAACCCCUCAAAUAACAUUGCUGCUACCAAUACCAGUAAUACUCCCUCCACAAAUAAUGUUAAUAGCAUUCCAUUAUCCGUUACACGCACUAAUAAUUCCACAUCGUCUGUUAGUAGUACUGCAUCAGUCGCGUCCCUAAAUAUAGCGACAGCAACCAAUUUCAAUAAUUCUCUUCCAUCUUUAUCUACUGUAGGCAACAAUAAUGCCAAUAUCACUGUCACUAAUCCUUCUAAUGAUAGUUCUACUAUAUCCAUGCCAAAUAAUAGCAACACUAGUAGUACCACUAACGUAAUUAAUAAUCCCACCGGUUUGUUUACUGUACCUCCAUCGCUGUCUCAUAAAGGUUCCUCGACUUCUCAGCUUGGUGUUAGAAGCAGAAGUAACACUCUGCAACAAAGAUAUACCCCACCUAAGCUGUCUACUACUCCGAUCACUAAUGUUAUGAUUAAUAGCAACACUCACGGUUCCAAUAAUAUUGGCAAUAAUAGUGCUAAUACUUCAACCUCUAUCAUUGCUGAUGCUUCUCCUUCGUCCUCAAUGCAAAAAAACAUGGCUGUCGAAAGUAAUAGUAAUAAUAAUAGUAGUGGUAGUAGUAGUAGUAGUAGUAGUAGCAGCAAUAGUAAUAAUAAUAAUAAUAUUACAAUUGAUAGUGCUAAUGACAAUAUUGUUAACGCUAAAAAUACUGACACUGAAGAUACAGAACAAGAGCAAUAUACUACGGGUGUUAACAAUAAUGAAGCUGAGAUUGAUUUACAAUUGUAUAAAAUUUUGCAAUCUGUUAUAUCAAUGACUAAUAUUGUCCAUUCACAAUUGAACACGGCAAUUUCUAAAGCAGCUAUGGAACAUGCAAAACAACAAUCGGGUGGUAAAAAUACAGAUUUAGGAACUAAUUCUAACACGUCAUUUUCUGGUUUGGCCUCUAAGCUUAAGGUAUUAACAUCCACGUGUGUUGGAUGUAUGGAACUAAGUGCAAACUUAAAAAAUAGACUAGCGGUCCUACUGGAUGUUGGUAAUGGUCUCGAACAGGAUAAGGAGCUGUUGAGUGCUGGAGAGAAAAGAAAAACAUGGGAAAUUAUCAAUAUGUUUUUGAAAAGCAUUAUUUCAUUAUUGGCUAAUGCGAAAAGUAUUAUGAAAGAUAUUCCUGAACUGGACAAUUUAAGACCUAAUUUAGCUAAUUUGGCCAAAAUAACUAAGGAAGUCACCGUUAUUUUAGACUGUAGCUCAUAUAAAACGGUAGGUAAUAAAAGCAAUACAAAUGGUAGUGUAAAUAAUGACUCUUCUCAGUGUCAAUGGACUAUCGGAAACACGCCUAUAUCUACCCCCUCUUUGGCUAGUAGUAACACAGUGAAUCCUUUUGAUCAAUUAUACUGA